UGAGAGACAACCUGCAUCCUCCCUGCCUACGCUACAUCAUCCACCCAUCCAUCGAUCCCACGCUGACAAAGCAGAGAGAGGAGAAACAGAGAGAAGAGAUCAAAAACAGACAGACAGACAGACAACCAAGGAAGAGUUGAACAACAGAGAGAGUGAAGACAGACAGACAGACAUGCUCUCCAAAGUACAGAGAUCCUUCAGACCUGCGUCUGUUACGCUGAGACGACUCCACCAGUCAGCCCUGGAUGUGGUAGAUCAUCCAGCCUCAGAGGACAGUGUGACAGUCAGUUUUGGCAGGUUCAUCCAGGGUGUCCAGCCCCACCAGCUGACCCCCACCGUGCUCCACCGCAGUAAGAGGAUGGUCCUAGACUCCAUCGGAGUGGGACUACUGGGCAGCACCACACAUGUCUUCCAGCUGGCCCUGCAACACUGUCAGCACAUGUACGGUCCUGAUGACAUCAGCAGUGUGUACGGACGCAGAGGAACCAGACUCUCCCCAACCCUGGCUGCCUUCGUCAACGGAGUGGCUGCCCACUCCAUGGACUUUGAUGACACCUGGCACCCUGCCACUCACCCGUCAGGGGCAGUCCUUCCUGCCCUGCUGGCGGUCAGCGAUAUGCUGCCCAGUAACAGCAAGCCUAGUGGGCGGGACUUCCUGCUUGCGUUCAAUGUGGGUAUAGAGAUCCAGGGACGACUGAUGAGAUUCUCCAACGAGGCUCACAACAUCCCCAAGAGGUUCCACCCCCCUACUGUUGUGGGUACUCUGGGUAGUGCAGCAGCCUGUGCCCGCCUCCUCUCUCUGGAACACUCCCAGUGUAGCCACGCCCUGGCCAUCGCUGCCAGCCUAUCAGGAGCCCCCAUGGCUAACGCCGCCACCCAGUCCAAACCCCUCCACAUCGGCAACGCAGCGAGGCUGGGGCUUGAGGCGGCUCUACUGGCCUCUAGAGGUCUGGAGGCCUCACCCAGGGUCCUGGAUGACACCGCCGGGGUCGCAGGGUUCAGCGCCUUCUACGAGGACUACGCCCCACAACCUUUGGCCUCCCCAGAGGAAGAGGGGUUGCAGUUCCUCCUAGAGAACCAGGAUAUAGGGUUUAAGAGGUUCCCGGCCCACCUGGGGAUGCACUGGGUGGCCGACGCUGCUGCCGCCGUACACAAACUGCUGCUGGGGGAGCAGGGGUCAGGGGGGAGUGGUCAGGGGUCAGGGGUCGUAGGUCAGGUCCAGGAAAUCCUGCUCAGGGUUCCCCGCUCCAAGUACAUUGAUCGUCCGUUCCCGGAGUCGGAGCAUGAGGCCAGACACUCCUUCCAGUUCAACGCCUGCUCUGCCCUGCUGGAUGGAGAGGUCACCGUGGACUCAUUCUCCCAGGAAGCACUGCAGCGCCCCGACCUCUACUCCCUGCUGGGGCGUGUCCACGUCGAGCAUCCCCAUGACAACCCCGCUAACUUUGACCGCAUGUACGGCGAGGUGCAGGUGACGCUGGUGGGCGGGGACGUCCUGAACGGACGCUGUGAUACUUUUUAUGGUCACUGGCGUAACCCUUUGACCAAUGAGAGCCUGAGGAAGAAGUUCCGUAGCAACGCUGGGGCGGUCCUUCCCAGAGAGAAGGUGGAGGGUCUGAUAGAGGCAGUAGAGGGACUAGACCGACUGGAGGACUGCUGUCCUCUGCUGGAGCAGCUACAGUGAUCACACACAGAGCUACAGGGGUCACACACAGAGCUACAGGGAUCACACACAGAGCUACAGGGGUCACACACAGAGCUACAGGGGUCACACACAGAGCUACAGGGGUCACACACAGAGCUACAGGGAACAUACACAGAGCUACAGGGGUCACACACAGAGCUACAGGGGUCACACACAGAGCUACAGGGAUCACACACAGAGCUACAGGGAUCAUACACAGAGCUACAUGGGUCACACACAGAGCUACAGGCAUGACACACAUCACGUCACAGUACUCCUGACCAGUUGUUGUUUCUGCCUUUUACAAUAUCAUGUUAACACUUUACAUUGUGAGCUGAGUUACAAUGAAGAAUCUAGUUCCAAUGUGAGGGAAGAGACAAGUAAAUUAUUUAAAGAAUCAAACAUCAAUGAAGUUAAAAUGAAGAAUCUACUUCUAAUGUGAGGGAAGAGGGAGAGUCUAUAGGUGAUUCACUUUAGCUGUACAUUAAAUUAUAUGAACAAUCAAAGCUAAAUGAUUAAGUACAGUAUAUUUUGUUGUAUUCAUUUAUAUGACCCCGAUUAGGGUCCCUGUGUUUCCUUGACAACGUAUCUCUACAGUCCUGAGUGGAUGUUGACAAUAACAACAAUUCAUUUGAAGGAUGGACGUGUAUGUACAUAUGAUUUUAUUAUGAAGUUUAUUUUCUAUUUUGUUGAACAGUCUUGUAUUCUACCAAACAUGUAUAUUAUGAUUCUAUACUUGAAUCUUCAUUAAAUAAUUAUAUUCAACUAA